ACUUACCAAACUUCAUAUAGAUUAUUACACAUUUUAGCUAAACACGGACUUUUGUCUUAAAAUGUUUUUAAAAAAUACAUAUGCUAAUGCUUAAUGUGAAAGAUCAUAAGUGGUUUUAUGGCAUCAGUUUUGGUAGUGCCUUCAUUAUCAAACACACCUAAGCAACAGGUAGAACGAGUCACGCACAACCCCACCCUCGCUGUGAAGCUCUGUGAAGCGGGUGUUGACACAAUAACAAUAAAGUGUAUGGGACAGCUUCAACGGCUAAGGUUGAAGAAUGACGUCUUCAGGGUUGGCUGUGUUGUGUCUCCUCCUCCUCCUGCACACUGGGGCACAGGGCUUUGGGAUAUUGCCAGGAAAGUCUCUGAAUCAUCUGGAAAUCACCGAGAGCGCGAUUUUAAAUGUCACGGCGCAUGUGUGCCGCGCUCUGGCCCAAGCUGAGGGGACAGACUUUACUUUUCCUGCACAGCCUCUCACUGCAGGGGCUGUUGCUGUGGCCUGUGGUGCUCCAAAGUCGUCCAAGAGUUUCCGCCGAGCCAUUAUAUUCAUCACACUGAUGAAUGUGCGGGUGGACCUCCGUCAUGCCCUCAAUGCAAGCUUCCACUUUGAUGAAGAAAUGUUUGAUCAGGGAAAGAAAAUCAUCACUGAGGGAUUAAAGGUUGUCAAAGCAAGCAACACGCAUGAAAACUAUGAGGCGGCGAGGCAGAAAUUGGGAGAGAUUUUACAUCCUUUACAGGACUUCUACAGUCAUAGUAACUAUGUGGAACUGGGCAACAAAUCCCCAAACUUCAAUCUGAUCAAAUCAGGCAGCAGCAUUGGUACCAUAGCAGGAGGCCAGGCCAGUGUAGGCCCGGCCCGAGGGCUGGAGAGAUGGAUGGGAGGGGCUAGGAGGUGGCGCCAACCAGACCCCGGCACCGCGAGGCCCCCAGCGCCCAUGGACAGCGGGCCAGGCGGGCCCCAAGGAAACCAGAAGAACUACAGUUAA